AUGCAGCCAUAUCUUCAGCUAGCUUCUCUCCGCCUCGCCACCAUCAUCCCGCUCGCCCCAAGAAUAUACGACGCGAAGCUUCUCGCCGCCUCCGGUCCGGCCAUGGCUUCCAUGGCCUAUAUAGCUCUCCUGGGUGCAGCAUUGGCAGCCGUUGUCACACUUCUCCACUGGACGUACAGGUGGAGGCACCCGAGGUCGAACGGCAGGCUGCCCCCGGGCUCGCUCGGCCUCCCCCUCGUCGGCGAGACGCUGCAGUUCUUCGCACCCAACCCGACCUGCGACCUCUCCCCCUUCGUCAAGAAGAGGAUCAAGAGGUACGGGAGCAUCUUCAAGACGAGCGUGGUGGGGCGGCCCGUGGUCGUGUCGGCCGACCCGGAGAUGAACUACUACGUGUUCCAGCAGGAGGGGAAGCUGUUCGAGAGCUGGUACCCCGACACCUUCACCGAGAUCUUCGGCCGCGACAACGUCGGCUCCCUGCACGGCUUCAUGUACAAGUACCUCAAGACGCUCGUGCUCCGGCUCUACGGCCAGGAGAACCUCAAGUCGGUGCUCCUCGCCGAGACGGACGCCGCGUGCCGAGGCAGCCUCGCCUCCUGGGCCGCGCAGCCCAGCAUCGAGCUCAAGGAAGGCAUCUCCAUGAUGAUAUUCGAUCUCACCGCCAAGAAGCUGAUCGGCUACGACCCGUCGAGGCCGUCCCAGAAGAAUCUAAGGAAGAACUUCGCGUCUUUCAUUCGCGGCUUGAUAUCCUUCCCCGUCAACAUCCCUGGCACGGCCUAUCACGAGUGCAUGGAGGGGAGGAAGAACGCGAUGAGGGUGCUGAGGAGCAUGAUGAAGGAGAGGAUGGCCGAUCCGGAGCGGCCAUGCGAGGACUUCUUCGACCACGUGAUCCAGGAGCUCCGGAGGGAGAAGCCGCUCCUGACGGAGACCAUCGCGCUGGACCUCAUGUUCGUCCUCCUCUUCGCCAGCUUCGAGACCACGGCGCUGGCACUCACCAUCGGCGUCAAGCUCCUCACCGAGAACCCCAAAGUCGUCGACGCACUAAGGGAGGAGCACGAGGCAAUCAUCAGGAACAGGAAGGACCCCGAUUCCGGCGUCACGUGGGCCGAGUACAAAUCGAUGACGUUCACGUCUCAGGUCAUAAUGGAGAUUGUAAGACUCGCAAACAUCGUGCCGGGAAUUUUUCGCAAGGCGUUGCAGGAUGUUGAGAUCAAAGGCUACACAAUUCCAGCAGGAUGGGGUAUCAUGGUGUGCCCACCGGCAGUGCACUUGAACCCUGAGAUAUAUGAAGAUCCGUUGGCCUUCAAUCCAUGGAGGUGGCAGGGAAAGCCUGAGAUCACUGGAGGAACGAAGCAUUUCAUGGCCUUCGGUGGUGGUCUUCGGUUCUGUGUUGGAACUGAUUUCAGCAAGGUUCUGAUGGCAACAUUCAUCCAUUGUUUGGUUACAAAAUACAGUUGGAGGACAGUAAAAGGAGGAAACAUAGUCCGAACACCUGGUCUCAGCUUCCCAGAUGGUUUUCAUAUCGAGCUCUUCCUUAGGAACUGAUCAGUUUUUAUCUCUCGGCAGUUCGGUUUUUGUCCACUAAACACAAAAUUGUGUGUGCAAAGAUGGUGGAUUUUAGGCCGGGUUAGUGAUCGAUGAUGGCGCACACAAUUCAGAAGGUGGGACGGUCAUCAUCCAUCAGAGUAGUUUUUUUUGGGUUGUGCAGACCCAUAAAAGUGGUGGCUUUGAUUGGACCUGAAAGCCUAGAUCGAGAUGUACCCAUCAAAGAUUUGAUUGGGUAAAGAAUGUUGGGCUAUAACAAGUGAUAUCAGAUCUAGGUAUUGGAAACCUAUGAAAAUCUCUGAUGAACCCUUCAGAAAAGUCGGGGCGGGUUUGGAUUAGCCAUCCGAUAUGUGAUGGAAGAGAUUGCUUUGGAGGUGCAUAACUUAGGCUAGUUGUAGGAUAUUUAGGGAUAAAAGCAAAGGAUGGGAAACAUAUACUUAGUCUAGUAAUAGGAUAGACACAUCUCAAAGAUAGAAGUAAUGCCAUGUUACCGAGUGCUACCUCUGGUCCGUGCAAAAAGGGUUUUUUGUACCUUGGUUGUUCGUUUUUCAUGUGGUUAGUCAACUAUCCAUGUGUUGUGAUCCGUAUGUAAAUCAACCUAUACAUGUCUAAUGAAGCAAGAAUGU